AUGUUUGCAUCCGUCUUCUCUACCGUGACUGUCCUCGCUGCGCUUGCUGGGUUUGCUAGCGCCCAGCAGUUGACGUUGACCGAGCCCUCUUCGCAAAGGUGGUGGGUUGCCAACUCGCAAAACACCCUUCGAUGGACCGGAUCGACCCCCGCUGAAUUCUCGGUGUUUAUCAACAACCCUGAUACCUCUCUCCUCACCAGCAAGCUCGCUUUGAUCUCUGUUCAACCGCUUUACGAGUAUUCCAAGACUGUCACUCCCACAUUGAAGGCCGGCACUGGCUAUGUCAUGGAGCUCACCAACAUCCUCAACUCGAGCGACAUCUAUGUCCGCUCCGAGUCGUUCGAGAUCAAAGCUGCCGGCUCGUCCUACCCUCCCCAGACCUCGGCCGGCGCCUCGGGCACCGCCUCUGGGUCCGCCUCGGGCUCCGCAUCCGGAAGCGCGUCCGCUGCGUCUGCCAGCUCGAGUAAGGCUGCCGCGGGCAGGUCCAACGCCGUCAGUAUGGGCGUCGCGGGAGCGAUGGGUGCGGGCGCGGUGGUGGCCGGGCUUGUGUGUCUUUAA